AGUUGCGGUUGCAGGGUGCUCAACUCCCUCGUUUUCCAACAACGAAACGAAAAACUACCGUAUAUUAAUCUAAACACCAUCGCCUCCUUCCAGCGACCUCUUCGGCACGAAAUCACCGAAAGGAAAAGAAAGAAGCCCACAUAAGUGUAUCUACAUUGGCCGCACAGAACUGUUCCUAGCAGCUGCCGACACGGUCCUCAAAACAGGCAGCGCGUGGAAGAAAUAUUCCUUUAUUUAUUUCCAUAAAGAUAAAUCCGCCUUUUACCAUGUCCGAUGUGUGGCGUUGUGAACAGUGCCAAAAAAUGAAGGACCUCAACGGGCCCCACCUCAAUGGCAGGAGCAGCGUGCGCUCCGACUGCUGGCCGUGUGCGAAGAAGACAACGUUUGUGAGAUGUGGUGCAGACGGCACGACAGCGGCAGCGACCACGGCCACGCCAACUUCAACGCCGGGCGUCACCGCGCUUCCUGUGUCCAUCGCCGUCACGCCAUCGGACGAGGCGCAGGCUGCCGCUUUUCAAAACAUUUAUGCCGCAGCCACCGCUGCAGCAGCAACAGCCCAAACCGCAGCCAACACCGCCACCACAACAGCGAAAAGCUCUCUUGUUUUUCCUUUACAUACCACUCAUCACAACGGUAAUCCAAUUAGUCAUCAGAGCAGCAGCAGCAACGCAGUCGCCACCCACUUCGGUACCUCCCGCACGCCCCUCAACCCGUUCUUCACCCCUGCCGUGUCGGCCGCCUCCAUCAAGAAGUUUCAGGUCAGCUACGCCAACGUGAUGACGGCGAAGCACGAGGACCCGACACACGCGCCGGCGGCUACGACGGCCGCCUUGGGAGCAGGCAAAAGCGCGACGGCGUCCGCUUCCGCAGCCCUUUCUCCCCAGUCCUCGUCUCCAUGUGUAAUGGAGUCCUCCGCGGGCACCUCACCGCCGUUUACCUUCCGCCCCAACGCGAAUUACAUCCCCGCUGCCUCUUCUGGGAGUGUCUGGUCGACAGCGACUUUGUUGCCGGGCAGCACGGCAGCCGCGACCACCACCUCGGCCAGCCGCGCCCUUUCCCCUUCGAUGUCGUUGAUGCCUGUGGACGCAGCUGCGGCACCAAAUGUGUUUGCCAAACACGCGGAGGUGAUGCCGUCGUCUGCCAUCACGGAUGCUGGCUCUGGUGCGGCUCCCACCGUAGCACGAGCGACCACGCACGGCGCCGCUGCGGCGGCCUCUUCUUCCGCCUCGCUGUGGGUGUGUGACCACUGCCAUAAGGCAAAGGACUUAAAAGGCGAUCACCUCCGCGGUAAGGCGACGGUGCGGUCGGACUGCUGGCCGUGCGGAAAGAAGCGGACCUUUGUCCUGAGAGCACCGAGUGCGAUGGCAGCGACGACUGGACCGUUGAAGCUCGGUGGAGGUGGCGGGUCGCGGACCGCAUCGGCCGCCUCCGCCGUCUCCGUACCAACAGCAGCGUCUUCUGCUGCUGCUUCUUCCUCCGUGCCCGUCAAUCCGUUCAUCACCCCUCCGAUGCUCGGCACGUCACCCAGGGUGAACAGCACAAACGUCGCCACCGUCACAACGAGUGCGCUCGCAGGCGCAGUAGCACCAUCCGGAAGUGUGUCCAUGCCUCUCUUGUGGGUGCUCCCUGCCAUUCCUUCGAGCCCACACAUGGAGGAGUCCUGCUGCCUGUCUACGGCGUUGCCGCAUGCAGUGUUACCGGCUUCCUUCUUCGGCACUACUCCUGCAGCGGCGGCAACCACCAAUGCCACCACCAUCAGCAACCUCAACGGCAGCGCAGCUUCUCUAGCCUCGUCGUCAGCGGCCUGGAUCGUUGGUGCGACCACUGCCUCCACCGCUGCUGGAGGGAGAGACAGCGAAGCCAACAUCGCGACUUACUACGCCGCCAUGGCGCGAUUUGAUCAGCAGCUGCUGAAGAGCUUCCGUGAGCGCUUGGUCGGCGGAACACAGCUACGCGCGGUGUGGUCCGACCGUGUGCUGUACGUUAUUGCUGAGGAUAACUCUGCGGACGCAGCCGCAGCAACGACGGCGACAGGUUUUGCGACCUCUUCGAGCGGGACGCGGCAGGCGCCGGACGACUUGGUUGGUGCGUUUGCAGAGCUGGGUCGCUACGCCGCGCUGUACCUGGCCGUGGAGCAGAAACUGGCGGCGUCGCGCUUUCGUCACAUUGGCCGGCUCUUCUGCCCAAACGAGUUUGCCUUCGCCGCGGCGUGCUGCUACGCGAACAACUUCUUCGCGGCGGAGACGGCAGCGUCAGCCGCCACGCUGUUGCCCCCGCCAUCGACGGCUACUUCGAAGUUUAAGGUGUACGGACCGCAGACGGACCCAACCAAGUCGCUCUCGCUGUGGGGCCGCGUCGUCGCCGAGUCGCCCGUCGCCCACCGCUGCGUUGUGAGCGAGGAGCAGCGCGUGGUGGCCGCGCAGACGCUCUACCGCCGUGUGAGCUGGCUGGCCGCCCCGCAAACCAUGACGGCGACUGCCAUUCAACUCAGCGUGGAGACGGAGUCGACAGCGGAUGAACACGGGGUCGACGUGGUGCUGCUGACGGGAACGAUGAAACUGGAGGAGCUCCCGCAGGCGGUCCCGCUCGCGCAGCUUCCACACCCGUACGCGUAAAAGCAGCAACAAGACGAAGAAGAAAAAAAGAAGGAGGGCGAGGACGAUGCUCGUGGACUGAAUUGGCGGUGGAGUCGUCCGCGGCGUGUAUGCAGCGUCCGAGCACGGUAUGCUGAGUCAAAUAGGGUAGAAGCAAACACGCACACAAAAGCAUCGUUUCAGUGCGAAACGGAUGCGAUCGUCUGACAAUUCGUCUCGAUUUAACUGGAUCUUUUUUUUUCCAAAGUGCUAACGUUCUUCUCAUAACAUAUUGAUGCUGAGUUCCAAAAAAGAAU